GAGAGCGAGGUAGCUGACUUGACUGCCGGUAGGACUGGUGGGAAACGGCGAUGGAGCUGUCUGCAGGUGUCCAAACAGCACGGGCGCUGAGGUACGCGACUGUAUGCCUGCUUCUGUUCCCCCGCUUUCUGCUCGCUGCUGUGAUGUUAUGGCUUCUCGACUUCCUCUGUAUCAGACGGAAGAUUCUGAUGAAGAUGCGGGAGCAGGAGACGAACGCUGACGACCCCCCAGUGUGCGUGUCUGACUCGAACAAGAUGUUUACCCUGGAGUCGCUUCGCGCCGUGUGGUACGGCCAAAAACUGGACAUUUUCAAAACGGCGCACCUGGGAUAUGGAGCGCCAAACACCGAAGUAGUUCAGCUACACCCGCGCAAGAGCGCACGCAUUCUGGACUACGCGCGAGGACGCAGACCGCUCAUCAUAAACUUCGGGAGCUGCUCCUGACCGCCAUUCAUGACGCGUCUGUCGGCUUUCCAGCGCGUUGUCAGCCAGUACGCGGACAUUGCAGACUCUCUGCUUGUAUAUAUCGAGGAGGCGCAUCCGUCGGAUGGAUGGGUGAGCACCGACGCACCGUAUCAGAUUCCCAAACACCAGAGUCUGGACGACCGGCUUACAGCCGCAAAGCUCAUGCAUUUGGAGACUCCUGCCAUCGUCGUGGUGGUGGACACGAUGGAGAAUACGUCCAACGCAGCAUACGGUGCAUAUUUUGAGAGACUUUAUAUUCUAAAGGAUGAGAAGGUUGUUUUUCAGGGAGGUCGAGGUCCAGAGGGAUACCGGAUCUCAGAGCUGAAAAAUUGGCUCGAGCAAUAUCGGAACACUCUUGAUAAUUCUAGGACUGUGGUUGUUCACGUUUAAUGUGAAUCUAAAUCGUUAUUUUAUCUUCAUAUUAAAAGAAUACAUCAGAGAAAAUAUGACAUUAAGGCCGCCAAGCUGCUAUAACUGGUCAAAGAUACAUUAUGUUUUGUUUAAAAGUCUUGUGGAAGUUGUGUUUUAUUUAGAGGGGUAACGCGAACGCAUGAUAAGCUGUUGUGAUUGUGUUGCCCUUGUUCGUUUUGUUAAAAUGUUCUUAUGUUUACAGUGUGUGGAAAUUAUCCCCUCAUUGUUUGGCAAGCCCAAUUUAUUGAUCCCUCGAUUGUAUUUUAUUUUUAUAUUCUGUGUGUUUGUAUGUGAGAGUGGGCAUGUGUGUUUCUGUUGCCAAGAAGCUGAGUCCGGGUACCCAUGUGUUGUUAUGAAGUUCGGUUUUUAAAAGGUUUCUAACCAGAAAACCGAUACUGAUGGAUUCUAGCACUAGACCACUCGUCAAUCAGCUAUUGACAACAUGAUCAAUUGCCAAACCGUGUUUUGUAAAUGAUGUCUAUUUUGGCGAUGAAAAUAGGCUAUUUUUCAAUAAAUGGUAGACUUAA